CGAAGGUGCUUUUCACUGGAAAGUGCCUUUUUUGACAAAAGGAAUGUCUUGAAACAUCUUUUUGUAUUGAUUGCAGCAAAACUUUAUUCCAGGAAAGGGGAAAUAGUUCUGAGGCAGCCCAGCAUUUGCAGAGCAAAACUGGGAGGUGGAGGCUGGCUCUGGUCCGUUCAGUGACUUACCAGCAACCUUGUGAAUGACUCUUGUGUGUAAAGACCAGAGAUCAGGGAUACAGAUAAUACAAUCAGCUAAAAAAUGAGAGGUUUUCCUUUUUUUUAAAAUUUAAUCUCAGGAUAUUCGCUGUUAUUCAGUUUCUGGUAUGGAAAAAUAUUCAGAAUAGCUGAAUUUUGGCAAAAUAGAAAAUUUGAUUUCUCCUGUCUGCCAUUUACACUGGGGUUUUGAAAAUUGUCUCUAGGAUGCUUAGGAGCAGGGAUCCUGGGAGGCUGCUCUGUCUCACUCAUCUUGAGCUGGAGCAUUACACUGGGACUUCCUAGAGAGCGUUUUGCAUUGCUGGUCCAAAACUACUGGGGAUGUACAAACUUGUUAAGCCUCCUAAUUACACAGCAGACGCAGUAAAACUCUGUUAUGUCAAGUACUUCAUAUUGUUCUCUGGCAUUGUUUGUUUGACAGGUUUGUCCUGUUUCCCUCUUAAUUCUGCAAAAAAAGCAGUCCCUGCAGGAGCUGAUUUUUUUUGCAGGCAGGGUGGUAACAGCUCCGUGACUGCCAGAGCUGUGUGCGAUGGGGAUUUGCAAGAAUAGAUUGCCCAAAGAGCUCCGUUCUGGGGUUUCCAGGAACACAAAUGCAAUAAUAAUAUAUGUACAGCAUCAGCUAGAGAUGGGGCUAGCUGCCCUUUGGUGGUAAAUAGAAAGUCAUGGAAACAAAAACUACCAUAAAUUAUUAGGAAACACAAAAGGAAGACUUAUUGACAUGGAAUCCUUAAUGCCUGUAGCCUCUUCCAGCCAACACUGAGGAAAACUGUAGAAAGUCUGUAAGGUACUCUGAUGCUUGUGACAAGUCCUGAAGGUCCUUCCUGAAUCCCAGUGCCUAGGCCCUGUGAGAAGGCUGAUGGUGCAGGAAGAAAACAAGCUGCUUCCUUGAAGAGUUCAAGCCUUGGCAUUCUUGUGGCAAGAUCCUGUGGCAGUUUAUGAAAUUGUCAAGGGGGUCUAAAACAAGAGGAAGGCUGUCUGGUUGGUGUAUUAGCUGUUGGUCACAUACACCUGGUCUGAAAGCGACUGGCGUCUGAAACACCUUGGACCUGCCAAAGGCAACCUAGUCUACCUGUGGAUGCUGUGAACUAGGAGCUGACCAAAAAGUGGGAGAGCUCCAGGAUCCGUCCCUGGAAAAGAGUGCUGCUGAGGUGAGUGCAGAAGAAUGGCUGCGGCAGAACCUCUGACCGCUUUCUCCCGAUGGUACCUCUAUGCCAUCCAUGGCUAUUUCUGUGAGGUGAUGUUCACAGCUGCCUGGGAGUUUGUGGUCAACUUCAACUGGAAGUUCCCAGGUGUUACCAGUGUGUGGGCACUAUUCAUCUAUGGCACCUCCAUCCUUAUUGUGGAGAAGAUGUAUCUAUAUCUCAAAGACAAGUGUAACAUUUUAGUGCGCUGCUUCAUUUACACACUUUGGACAUACCUCUGGGAGUUCACCACUGGCCUCAUCCUACGCCAGUUCAAUGCCUGCCCAUGGGACUAUUCCCAGUUUGAUUUUGACUUCAUGGGCCUGAUCACUCUGGAAUAUGCCAUCCCAUGGUUUUGUGCUUCUUUCAUCAUGGAACAGCUGGUGAUCAGAAACACCCUGCGCUUACGAUUUGAUGAGACUGCUGAGCCGGGGGCUCCCACCGCCCCCGUUGCCUUGGCCAAUGGCCACGUGAAGACAGAUUGAGCAGUGACUUAGAAUCACACUUAGCAGUCUGGGAGAGCCCAGACCGCUAGCACGGACUGUCAGCUCUGGCUCCGAGGUACUGCUCCUUGCUGUAUGAUAAGAUUCAUAAACCCCAUUUUUCUAAUGGGGGUGUGCAUGGGAUAUACCAGAAAAAAUGGAACCAGUAGAUUUUCUAUGGAUUUUACUCUUUGGGCUCCAAGGACCAAUAUCAGUUACCUGUUAGUUAGGUCAUUUCUGAUUUUAACUUAUUACAGAUGAAAGCAGUCCUUUUGCUUACACUUUAACGUGGAGAAAGAAGAAAAAGAGAUGCUACGGUGGAAAUGCAUCCAAAAAGAAAAACACCUAAUUAUUUGAUGGUCAUGGACACGCCAGCUGAGUUAGUGAUUGGCUUACUCCAUUAGGCAAUAUUCAGGUGCUUGCUUGCAACCAAUACCUCCUGUGGGACCUGAGAUGCUGCAGGAACAAGGAAAAUCCAUCUGCUGUUGUGAAGAACCUAAGACUGGCAGUCUGCUGGGGAGGUAGAUGGUGUUACCCUUGCCAGGUCCCAUUGGCCUCUCCCCAGGUUCUUUUUUGCACCAUGAAAUAAUCUGGUGCUGGACAUCUUGCUGAAUUUAUACAGAUCUUGUACUUUUUGAAAUCUCAGUCCUGAUACUUACUAGAAAUUUUUUCUUUUUUUCUUUUUUUUCUUUUUUUUUUUUUUAAUGAAGGUCUUUUUUGCCAAGUGAAUUUUACCAUAAUCUGUGCAAUCUGAAUCUUGGCAAAAGGCGCAAGAAAUAGUGCAAGUCUUCCCAUCUCCUCUGUACUCCCAAAGUAGACCUUGCCUAACAGUCUGCUUCAGAUUCCAGCUCCCAUCUCAUCCAUGCAAACCUUGUAGAGACUAUACAGGCCACAAGAGUUUUCUGCCUUCCUUUCCAGGGAUUUCUCUGUUUCUGGUAAUGUCGGUGACUUAUUCUGGCUGCAGCCUAUUGUAUUUGGAGGUCAAAACCUUCCUGUGGCUAAUGUAUCUGGGAUUUGGUCCUCUAGCACUGACUCUCAUGUCCCUUCAGCACUGGCAGGCCUUGGCUCAGUUCUGCCCAGUUUUCUCCUCAGUGUAUCACGUGGAUUUGCUUUUUCUUCCCAAAUUCUGCUUUAAAAAACCACAACCAUAUUGUCAUGACAAUAAUUGGAGGCAGCAAGAGAUAUACCAUGCUGCCUGAUACAUUUAUUAAAAAAAAAAAGAAAGCAAAAAACCCUUCUCUGAAGAGCACUUAAUUCUUCAUGGUCUGCUUGAAUGAGACUUUGAGUUAGGGUAAAAGAGCAGCAGUAGAGAGGUGGAACAGAAGGGAGUGCUGUGGCUUCACUGUGGAACUACCUGCACUGGGGACAGUUUGAAAUUUAAUCUAUUGGGAACACCUGUGGAGUACAAGGACAAUUGUGGUACAGGGAAGGUUUUUGAUAGUGGCAGCCAAAAGUUCACAGUUUACUCAGGCAAGUCUUGGCUUUUGAAGUUGGCAACAAACACAGAGCUUCCAGCUGUCAGAUGUCUCACUCCUGAGCUGUGUUAUGGGGAAGGUUUCUGUAGUUGCCCUGUAAGGCCAGAUUAAUUUUUUGUGUUCUUCCACCAUAGUCAGCAGAGCUGUACCAGGGAUCAAUUUGGCUUGAAAUGCAAAUGUGUUGUGGGAUUCCACUCUUGUUUUGGAAGUAGUUGGGCUAUUUCUGUGUAGGUCCCUUGUCUCUGGUAGGGGGUGCUCAGCUGUGAACCUGCUUCUUGCCCUGUGGCAGCCAUUCCUGAGAGGAAAAGCACUGUUGGCCCUGUGAGUUGAAUUGUUUCUUGGUUCUGCUCUUAUGAAGGCAGUGUUAAUCCUGUUUUGUAUCACACACAGAGCAAUUAUUUUAUUCCUCCCCUCCCCUUUCUCAUGUGGCAUCCAUUGCUGGCAAUGGACACAGGAAAGCAGUGGUGCAAGGAGUUAAUCAAAUCUGCCCUGGGUAUGCAAUAUCUCCUGAAGCACUGAGAAUACUUAGGUGGAUAUUUAGAGUCUCCUUUUUAUAGUUCAUUAAAUUAAAAGAGAACAAACACUGAACAGAUAGUUCUUCUGAUGCUGUGAUACCAGUAUUAUGAAACAAGAAUAGUAUGUAGUUUGUCAGCCUUGUUGGUCUCAGGCAUACAGACCCAGGCAAAAUAGUCACCUGACACUGUACAUGGAGUUAAAAAAAGAGAUUUGUGCAUGGGAUAAUGUAGAUGAGCUGUACUGGAGCAGAACAAGAAUUGCAAGGUGCAGAUGAGAGUGGGAUCUCACCAUUUUGGCCCUGGUUCUGUCAAGGUUAUCAAACACAGUGUCUAAAGCUGGGUUGUCCUCUCAUAGCAUAGCUUAAGUGUGGUGUUGUGCUGCCUCCUACAUCACCCCCACAUCAUGUAAAACCCUCAGCCUCAUAGAAACAUCCUUAGGAUCCCUGCUUUCUCCUUAGCUGUUAGAAAACUUUAGAAAAGUUAAAAGGAGUUAGCAGUGUGGUUUGGAGGAGUGGCUGUCCACAGAGCUAACCUGGUACACAGUAACAGCUAUGUGUCUGUUAUUGUCUGUACUUUAGAAGGUCCCAACUAAAUGCCACUGGUUUUGCUCAGUGGGGUAAUAUUUAGAUGCUCAAAAUAUGGAGGGGUUUCCCAGCAGCAUCUAGUAUCUAGAGCAUUAUCCUUAUUGCCUGUGUCAUUGUAACAACUGUUUUGUCUGCUUUCCACUGAUGUCUGAUGUGUACCACCCAGCUAUUGCAUCUUUAUAGAGUGGUAAUUUAUACCCAGAAGUGCACUUUACUUGCAGCUUGCACACCAGAAACAGAAAAGGACCCGUCAAAUUCUUAAACAAUUAAUUAUGUAUAACACCACAUACCUAAUGCAGCAGGAUUAGCCAGACUUCUCCGUUCUGAGCAACAUGGCUGCAGUCAGAGCUUCGUCUUUUCUGCAAAAUUUCCCUUUUUAAUACAUGUGAUGCUUCUUACAACACCUUGCAGAAGUGCCCAGAGCACAUUACCAGGAUUUUGGCGGCAGCUCAGUGAGAGCUUCAGAGCUGGACUGAAGUUGAAGAGACAUUUACAUUAAGAAGAAAAAAAACGCACAAGGCCUAACAUUUGUUGUAUGUGUAUCUUCCUCAGUAGAUUAAAGUUGCCUGUUUUGAGUUCACCAGCAAUAAAAAAACCUUGUGAUUUA